CGCAACCGCGGAACAAACGAACGCAUAAUAAAACGCCACCCAUCCAACCACGUUUUUUCGCCGCCUCUCUCACUUCAAAUACUUUGCCCAAACAAAACGUUUCGACAACUUUCUCUGUAAAUCGAAAACAAAUACAUGGCGCUCUGCAAGCGCGUGCUUCAAACCGGUGCCGAUUCCGCGUUUCUCUUCGCCAGCUUCCGACGAAACCUCUACUCGCCUUCUUCGACGAGCAACAAUGGAUUUGGGCUCUUCAGCAGGCAGAUUUCGGGACUGGUCAAACCGAAUGGGAAUCGCGCGUUUCUCGUGGACACGUUGGCUCUGGUGAGGGGUUUAGAGGCCAAAGGCGUGCCGACGAAGCAGGCGGAGGCGAUCACAGCUGCGAUCACUGAAGUUCUGAACGAUAGCUUGGAGAAUGUGGCUCAUGCUUUUGUUUCCAAAGCGGAAAUGCAGAAGGCUGGAAUGCUACAAGAAUCAAACCUGUCCAAGUUUAAGUCUGAAGUAAAAAGCUCACAGGAGCACCAUUUUUCGAUGUUGCAACGUGAGACUGAAAAACUUCGGGGUGACAUAGAGAAGAUGCGUAGUGAAUUGAGAUACGAGAUUGACAAAGUUACAGCCGGGCAACGCUUGGAUCUAAAUCUUGAAAGAGGGCGCAUACGCGAUGAGCUAGCCAACCAAAAUGCAGAAACCACCAAUCUCACAAACAAACUUGACCGAGAAAUUCAUACAUUAAGAGCUCAGUUGGAAGCUGCAAAGUACGACGUGAUCAAAUAUUGCAUAGGAACCCUUGUCUCCAUAUCUGCAGUUGGUCUCGCUGUACUUCGUAUUUUGUUGUAGGAUUAUAGCUACUUUGAUGGUCAAAUGUGACAGAGAAACUCAACGGUCACUAUUCUUUUCAUGGCAAGGUGAUGCUAGAUCCGUUACAGGGUUAUAGCUACUCUGGUCAUGGCAAUUUGAUGCUAGAACAAUCAGUUAAAUGAAUGGAAAUGUGAGAUUGUGAAAAGCCAAA